GACCGAAGGGUGUCGCUGUGGUGCUGUAUGUGUAGUUUCAGCACCGCUCCCUGCCUUCAGUUUCAUUCCAAUGAGAAAAGACUUUCAGCUUUCCAUGUUUCAGUGCGUCUGUUUGUCAUCCACGUGUUGCGCUGCGCGUGCGGCGUCCUGGCUGUCGGUUCGGGUGUCGAUGAUAAACGCACAGAUCUGACCCAGAGGAGCGAUCGGAACCACCGCAUCGGACUUUCCCAUGUUUGACACACGUUGAACGAGAGCACUUUGUGUCGAAGUAUUUCCAAGGCAGGCGGACUUAAGCAGGUGACGGGGUGCCAUGCCAGCUGCUGCUCCCCUGUUGCUGCUCCUCGCCAUCUUGUGGUGGCCUCUGGUAUUGCCCCUGGCCCACGGUCAACUUCAGGACCCCCCGACGUUCACCCCCUUCAAUGGCUCCCGUCUCAAUCACCUUCUACUCGACCACCGCUCGGGUCACAUCUACGUGGGGGCGGUCAACGUGCUUUAUCACUUGUCGGCAGACUUGCAGCUGCUCUCCUGGGGCAAAACAGGACCCAAACUGGACAGCCCUGAUUGUCUCCCCCCCAUCGACCCCGUCGAUUGCACCCAAGCAGAAACCACGGACAACACCAACAAACUUCUACUGCUAGAGCAGGUUGAAGGAGGGCAGCCGCUGAGCCUCAUGGUGUGCGGGACGGUCCUGCAGGGGAUCUGCGAGAAGCGGAGCCUCGAGAACGUCUCUCAGAUCCUGUACCAGACCGACAACCCCGUGGACACUCAGUAUGUGGCUGCGAAUGACCCUCGCGUGUCCACGGUGGGCGUGGUGGUGCAGCAGAAAGGUGUCCUGCUUAUGCUCGUUGGCCGGGGAUACACCAGCAAAGGACCCGGCGGCAUUCCUCCAAUCACAAUGAGACGUUUAGCCCCAGUCCCCCAUCACUCGGCGCCAGCGUUCUCUCACGAAGAACUCGGUAAGCUGGUCGUCGGUAGCUACUCGGAGUACAACAAUCACUUCGUGAAAUCAUUCCACCACAACAAUUAUGUCUACUUCGUUUUUUUUCGCCGUGACGUGUGGGGCAAACGAGAGUACAAGACGUACGUUUCAAGACUUUGUGCAGGUGACCCCAAUUUCUACUCUUAUGUCGAGGUGCCGCUUGCUUGCGGCGGAGGAUACAAUCUGGCACAGGCGGCCACGGUUGGCACGCACCGUGAAAAUCCCUCCCUGUUUGUGGCUAUGGCCAUGGGGCAAGCAUCCACACCAACGCCCAAAGAGAGUUCGGCUCUUUGUGUCUACAAGGUGGAAGAACUGGAUAAAGCCCUGCACGAUGCCCAGCUCUUGUGUUACACACAGGAGGGCAAGGAUUCCAAUAACAAGGAGAAGGCUUACAUCGAGUAUGAAGUGUCCUCUAGCUGUCUGAAACUCCCGCAGAAUUCUGUGAAUGAGUACCCCUGUGGUGGAGAACACACGCCCAGCCCCAUCGCCAGCGCCAUUGCUCUCGAGACCGCGCCUGCUUUCUCCUGGACCCCACCCAUCACUGCUGUCACCACGGCGACUGAGGUCGGCCACACCAUCGUGUUGUUAGGAGACAAAAGUGGACGGCUGCACAAGGUGUUCCUCCAUGCAAACGGUACCGGGACCAAAUACGCCACUGUGGAGGUGGAUACCGAGAGCGCCAUUAACGCUGACCUACUCUUGGACUCCACCAAACAGAACGUCUACGUGCUGACUGACAAAAAGGUUACAAAGCUCCAUGUUGCGCAGUGCGAGAAGCAUUUGGACUGCCACACCUGUCUGUCGAACAGAGAUCCCUACUGCGGCUGGUGUUUGCUGGAGGGCAGGUGCACACGGAAGAUGGACUGUUCGCGACACGCUCAACCACACCACUGGAUCUGGAGCUACGGCCACGAGCGUCAGUGUGUGUCCAUAGAGAACAUCACACCUGCCAUCCAAAGCAGAGAAGAGCAAACAGAGGUCUCUUUCACAGUCCUUCAGUUGCCGGUCCUGUCAAAAGAUGAGUCUCUAUCUUGCGCUUUUGGGAGUUUGGCUGCUCAGCCUGCGGUUGUCAUGGAGAACAGAAUCACAUGUCAAUCACCGGCGCCCGAGCAGCUCCCCCCCAGCCUGCCAGGCAACGAUCACGUCUCUGUCCAGAUGGCACUGAAGUUCGGAGACGUGACUUUCUCGCACACAAACAUCACCUUUUAUGACUGCAAAGCGGUCGGACGGCUCAAUGUUACUUCACCGUGUAUGGCGUGUGUUAGCAGCGUGUGGCCGUGUCACUGGUGUGUAAAGGAUGAACUCUGCGCUCAUGAGAAGAGCUGCCCCAGCCAGCAUAUCAUCUAUAACAGCAGGGAGGAGUUAAAGCCCCGUGGAUCUGACUCUUGCCCCUGCGUGUGGGCCCUGCAGAGCUCACCUCUGGUUCCUGUCGGCUUUGACACCGAGCUCUCUCUGCAGGGCAAAAACCUGGACAUAUUCGAGGAUGAGGAAGAUUACAAGUGCGUGCUGGUCAUCGAAGGCCAGGAGCUGCGGUUACCGGCCACGCUGGACCGCAGCGAAGAGACGGGGGCGCAUGUGUUCAAGUGCGCUGCUCAUCAGUUUCAGUUCUCAGGGAAGCAGUUUGAAUAUUCUGCCCUUGUAUAUCUGCAAUGGGGCACGCAACGUAUAGAUUCAGCGCCACAUCUUCGCCUGCAGCUGUACAACUGCGCAGUGGGGCAGUCCGACUGCAGUCAGUGUCACGCGGUUGCAGACAGUUACGGGUGUGUGUGGUGUGCUGAUGAAGCACCUGGUUGUGUGUACAACCAAUCGUGUGCCAGUGGAACGGUGGACACCUGUCCUCCCCCUCUUAUUACACAGGUCGAACCGCUGACCGGGCCACUGGAGGGCGGCAUUCUGCUGACGAUCCAGGGUUCGAAUCUCGGCCAGAGCUUCCAGGACAUCCAGGCCGGAGUGACGGUGGCAGGGGUCCCAUGCAGGCCUCUCCUCGAGGCUUACCGCAUUUCCACAAGCAUCGUGUGUGAGCUGCUGGCGAGCCCAAACGUGUCCGCUGGACCGGUCGUCAUCACAGUGAGAGGCUCAGAAAGGGGAGAAUCCCAGCAGACGUUCUCAUAUCAGGACCCACGGCUGAGCAGGAUUGUGCCUGACAGGGGACCUUUAGCGGGAGGCACGAUACUCACCAUUCAUGGGUCUCAACUGCUGACGGGACAGAGAACGGAACAAAGAAGCGAUGAAAUCACAGGCCUCCAAGCUUUCGUGGGCUCACAGCCCUGUCGCAUAGAUGGAGUGAGUGACACUUGGCUGAUCUGUCGAACCAGUCACUCAAACCAAACUGGAAAAGUGCCAGUCAAGGUGAUAUUUGGAAAGGCAGAGAGGAUUGUGGGCAGUGUCCUUUUCGGUUAUAUGGAAGACCCGGUUAUUACUGAUGCGACCCCUACGGAGAGUUUCUACGGGGGGGGACGUGCUGUAUGUGUGACUGGACAAAACCUGAACGUCGUCCAGCAGCCGAAGAUGUCGGUCUCUUUUGAGCCGAGACACGCUUCUGAAGUCAGAAAACGCAGAUAUAGUCACGUCUCCGUCAGGAGUCCCCUGAUAACGAGACAGGAGCUGUGCACCAAUGUUACCUCGGAGCGGAUGAUUUGCAGGACCCCCUCCGUGCCGCCGGACUCGCGGAUCACGCGAGUGUGGUUUGAGAUGGACAACGUGCACAUCGACUUCAAAACCAUCAAGAACAAAGAAUUCGUAUACCACCCAAACCCAGAGUUAUUCCAGCUGAACAGCGAGGCUCCGGGAACAGCCAUUCGCUUCAAACCCGGCGGAGUCCUGGCAGUGGAGGGGAAGGGUUUGACACUCGCCAUGAGCAGAGAAGAAGUCCGGGCUCGGCUGGGGAUUGAAGAGUGUGACGUAAAGACGUUGGAUAACACCCAUCUGUACUGCGAACCGCCCGAGGUGCAGCCGCUUGCUCUGGAUGAUGACGACCAACCCAGACUCAAAGUUUUAAUGGGGAAAAUAGAGUUCGAUUUGGGCCCAGUUGAAUACGACAACGAUUUGCACUCUCCGGUGCCUCUGGCCGCUCAGAUCGGACUGGCAGCGGGGGCAGCGGUGGUCGUCCUCAUCGUGUUGGUCAUUAUUCUCAUGUACAGGAGGAAGAGUAAGCAGGCUUUGAGAGACUAUAAAAAGGUUCUCGUGCAGCUGGAGACUCUGGAAAUAAAUGUCGGCGAUCAAUGCAGAAAAGAGUUCACUGAUCUAAUGACCGAGAUGAUGGAUCUGAGCAGUGACGUCGGCGGUCCAGGCAUCCCAUUUCUGGAUUACCGUACAUACGCAGAGCGCGUUUUCUUCCCCGGCCAGAAGGGGGCGCCACUGAGUAAGAAUCUGGACCUGCCCGACUCUCGCAGACAGACCGUACAACAGGGACUGGGCCAGCUGAAUAACCUGCUCAACAACAGACUCUUCCUCAUACGGUUCAUUCACACGCUGGAAGCGCAGCAGAGUUUCUCCCAGAGGGACAGAGGUUACGUGGCAUCUCUUCUCACGAUGGCUCUCCAUGAUAAGUUGGAAUACUUCACGGAUGUCAUGAAGACUCUGCUGGGAGAUCUGGUGCAGCAAUACGUGGCCAAGAAUCCAAAACUGAUGCUGCGCAGGACUGAGACGGUCGUGGAGAAGAUGCUCACCAACUGGAUGUCCAUCUGCCUGUACUCUUUUCUCAAGGAGGUUGCCGGCGAGCCUCUCUACAAGUUAUACAGAGCUAUUAAAUACCAGGUGGAUAAAGGACCCGUGGAUGCAGUGACGGGCAAAGCCAAGCGCACGCUCAACGACAGCCAUCUGUUCAGAGAGGAUAUAGACUACUGCUCACUGACUCUGACAGUGCUGGUGAAGAGUGGUGUGGAGGUCCAGCCCUGCCCUGUGAAAGUACUGGACACUGACACCAUCACGCAGGUUAAAGAUAAAAUCUUGGACCAGAUUUACAAAGGCGUUCCAUACUCCCAGAGACCAGCUGCUGACUCGUUGGAUCUCGAGUGGCGGUCAGGUCAGGCGGGUCACCUGACUCUUUCUGAUGACGAUGUCACAGCCAUCGUUCAGGGUCGCUGGAAACGAAUCAACACUUUACAGCACUACAAGGUGCCCGACGAGGCCACGGUGGCUCUCAUCCCUCGUUCCCAGAGUUCUCUUGGAGUGAAGCAGGUCUAUCAGACAGGAGAGAAAACGCCUAUGCUGGAGGGCGAGGAAGAGGAGGGUCUUCGACUGUGGCAUCUAGUGAAGCCGAGCGAAGACCCCGAGAUCCCCAAACACAGGAAGAGCAGCAUGAGAGAGAGAGAGCGGGCAAAAGCCAUCCCUGAGAUCUACCUGACACGACUGCUUUCAAUGAAGGGCACCUUGCAGAAGUUUGUGGAUGACGUGUUCGUAGCCAUACUGAGCACCAAACGGCCUCCACCGAUUGCCGUCAGAUUCUUCUUUGACUUUCUGGACGACAUGGCAGAGAAACACGGUAUUGACGACCCAGAGACGGUGCACAUCUGGAAGACAAACAGUUUACCUCUGCGUUUCUGGGUGAACAUCUUGAAGAAUCCUCAGUUCGUCUUUGACGUGCAGGUGACAGAUAGCGUCGACGCUGUCCUCUCCGUUAUCGCGCAGACCUUCAUUGAUUCCUGCACUACAUCUGAGCACAAAGUGGGCCGGGAUUCGCCUGUAAAUAAGUUGUUGUACGCCAGAGAAAUUCCACGAUACAAGCAGCUGGUGGAGAGGUACUACGGUGAUAUUCACAACGCUGUGUCCGGUUGUUACCAAGAAAUGAACUCCACUCUCACAGAGCUGUCAGGGAGCUUCGCGUCAGAGAUGAACAGUUUGGUGGCUUUGCAUGAGCUGUACAAGUAUAUCAACAAAUAUUACGAUCAGAUCAUCAUGUCUCUGGAAGAAGAUGCAGCGGGUCAAAAGAUGCAGUUGGCGUAUCGGCUCCAGCAGGUCGCCGCACUGGUGGAGAACAAAGUCACUGACCUUUAGGCCUUGACCUCUAGGCUCAUGAAUAAUCACAUCUGAGAAUCCGAUCAAUGCUUUUUCUUAAGUAUUGACUGAUCAGUCAACUGCAAACUCCUCCCUGUGUGCUUCCACAACCUUUCACAUUCUGCAAAUUCUUCAAAAGGGAACAGGAAGUGAUGUAAAUGUCACUUCCUUUUAAUUAAACUAUCAGAGAUGGAACGUUUUUUUAGACUGGGGCUUUGGACUGCCGGAAGUAGUAUCGACUGAAUGAAAGUGUGUGUGUGCGCUUGUUUGUUAACGUGGUGUUUUAUCGGCUGAAAGGAGCUGCCGAAUAUGUGAAGUUUACUUGAUUCAAACUUUCUGACCCCAAGUCUAUUUUCAUGAUGCUACCGAGCUCUCACAUACGUUGUGACUAGCUGAGACAUUUUCUACCGUUCUUCUGUUCAAGCGAUCAAAUCCACGGUAUUGAUUUCACAGACUGCCACAUGAAGACCUCCGUUCAAGCAUUACAAUCAUGUCGGCCUCUGUUUACUGGUUUUUCUGUGUAAAGUAUUUUGUUUCGGAAAUGUUCAUCUUAAUCCGUGUUCUUUCAUUUUCAAAUCUCAAGACUCAAAACUGUCCAUGGCCGUGUGGUAUUGACCUUCUAUAACUAACGUUUUCACAUUAGUAUUGCAGAUCAAAGUACUAUAUACAAAGUAUUAUAUCUGCAACUUUUACAUGGAGCAUUGUAGAGUUGUAAUGUCUUCGUGCGCAAGUGCCACGAGUUAAAAGAGCACAAAAGUUGUCUUGCACGCCGUUGUGUAGCUUUAUGUGUGCAUGCAAAAAAAUGACUGAUCACAAUUUUUGGUUUUCGGCUGUUGUUGGAAUCUCAAAUGUUUAGAUUUUCACACACGGAGAUGAAAAUGCUUAAAUAGUGUGACCUUUGGGACUGAAAUUCUGGUUUGUAGCACUAUAUUUAUUCUCACGUCAGGGUGCCUGCAUCUAUACGGUUUCCCAAAUGGGUAAAUCUGAUAGACGUGCCCAGGUCCCAUUUCACAGAAGAAAUCGUCUUUUGAAUUAAGAAAAGGGCAUAUUAAGAACCAUUUUUUACUGAAAUGAGAAUGGAACGCAAUGCAAAAAAUCCGUAGUAAUACUCAAGAUAAGCCUAAUUAUAUCCUAGAUAUAUUUUUCAUUUCUCUUGAUUUUGAAAUAUGACAGAGACAUGUUCUUGACAGGGUUUGUGAGAUUCUUGUAACGUCUGCUCGGUAUUCAAUAGCACAAGAGAGAAGAGCGCGGCUGUAAGACACAAUGCCACGCAUUAUGUGACUUAAAUUAAAUUCAGACGCGCAGCUGGGAUGUGCAGCAAAUAUUGAAAGGAAACUGGGACAGUUUGUAUCGUUGGCUUUUAGGUUGAAAAGCGAAGAGAUCUUAAUUGCGUUUCGCCCCGUUUCAGUGAUUUGAAAAGCAGACUUUGGAUUGAGAGAUGUGUAAAUCGUACACUGAAUAGAUACUAACUUAUUAUAUUGUAAAUAUUGCUUAUUUAUACACCAAUGCCAAAUGUGCCUUCUUUGUUACGUUUUAUAAAGUCUGCCAAUUCAAGUGCACAUGCUUGACGUUACUUGCCAAAUGGAGAAGUUGAUGAACUUGCGGGCACAGCUGUUGCCUGUAGAUUUGUGGAGAUCAGGGUCAAAUCUGGAGAUGAAUAGUGCCGUGUCGUUGGGCGACAGCAUGUGUGUCUCAGGAUCACAGGGCUCAGAUUCAGGACAAAGCGCUCUUAUGUAGCCGGAUUCAUUUUUACUUCACCACACUGAUCUGUUCUCACCUUGACGUGUCAAAGGUGAUGAUGUAAAUUGUAAUUAUUUUAGCAUUUUGACAUUAAACUGUGUUUUGUGAACCUUUUCUGCUUGUUAAAUUUGCUCACAAACUGUGUUUGCCCGAAGCACUUUGUGUUUACAUGUUGGCUGACCCAUAAUGUUUUUUAUCGCUUGAUUGAAUUGAGAGAUAUAUUUCAACACCAGUCUCUUUAUGUAUAGAAAUGGGGGGAUGUUUUUUCUCAUUUAUCUUUAAAAGGGUCUCUGCUAAACCCCUGAUUGUUACUUUAUAUGGUUUAGAUGCUAUCCGGACAUCUAUAUCAAAUGUAUUUCUCUGAUCCUGCAUUUAUUUAUGGGAUUCUGAGCUUAUUAAGCUUCAUCAUACUAAUGUAUGCACGGGGUUGUGUUUUUAAAACGGUAAACAAUAACUAAGCGUAUUCAUUUGCUUAUCCUAUGUGUGUUUAUUGGGCUGUUGAAUGUGUUUGGCCUCUUGAUGUGUUUUGUUGAGGAUUAUGGACCGAUGCAUGCUUGAGAUUUGAUUGGAUUUUUUGAUUGGUGUGGUUUACGGAAGGUUUGCUCCACAGACUGCAUUAUGAGUGCAUGAGUCUCAUAAACACAAGUGUAGCCCUCCGUGUCUGUCUGCGAAUGGCGCACGCGCGGCGUGUGUGUGCGUGCGUGCGUGCGUGAGCGUUUGUAAGUAUUAGUUCUGCUUUUGUAGAUGAUGGUGAGGUUUUUGGUAAAUCUCCUGUUGUUACACUCAUUUCUCUGAGAGAAAGCAGAGAGACUGCUUAACCCAGCGAAACGACGUUUUUUUUGUACAGACUACAACAAUUUACUGUUUGACCUGUCAUGUGAAGUACUGCUUUUUAUCUUUGCAGAUAUACAAUUAAGCCCAUUGUGUGAAGGAUCGUGGGUGUGAAUAAAGCACCGGGUUUUACACAACUUUUUAUACAGGGGUAAAAAAAUACUGUAUAUGAUAAUUUUCUAAUGAAGUUGGGCUUAAAAGAGAACUUAGACCCAAGACUUACUCUUUUGUAUUUGUAUUGUGUAUAGUUUGCUAACAAUUGUGUAUAUGUGAUUGUACAUAUUGUCAAGAGAACAUGUUCUUUUUCUUUCUUUUUUUUCAACUUGGAUAGAUUUGCUCUCUACAUUGAGGAGAAAUUGGGAGCCAAUUUGAAACGUUAAAAUGAGUGAAAUGGAAAUUUGUAUCUGGAAAAAAUAAAGCUAUAAUUUUAACAAUGAAGACAAUUGUGUUUUAAUUUUGUGCCUUUGUUGACAGUGCACCCACAUUUUUGCUUUCCAAAAAAAGAAUAGACGCUUGUGUUGUUUAGCAAGUGAACUUGCGAG